UUCAAAAUUAAAUAACAAAUCAAAACCACAGUAUAUUGCUAAGCAAAACUCAAAACUCUAAAUCUUCCAUAUAGGAAUGGAAAAACGAAGUGAUGGAAAGAUCUAAUAGAAAUGGAUUUCAUCGAAAUGAUAAAGACGCCGAAAUUGGACGGUGUAAUUUUACAUAGCCCCUUUCAAGAUCCUGUGGAUGGGAGGAUAUGCAUAACAGGACAUCAUUUGAUAGUUUCUUCUAUGAAAGAGGAUGUACAAGAACUAUGGUUGUUACAUCAAUGUAUUGAUGCUGUGGAGAAGAAAGUAUCUAGCAACAACAAUGCUCAAAGCGGGGGCUCAAUUCUUCUCAAAUGUAAAGAUUUUAGGAUUCUACAGUUGGACAUAGCUCACCCGGAACAUUUCCAAAACGUAUACUUGUCCAUUCAGCGUUUGUCUAACUUGGAAAAACCGGAAUUACUGUAUCCUUUCUUCUACAGGCCUAUGUAUACCAUUUUAGAAGAUGGUUAUACUCUCUUUGAUUUAGAAGUAGAAUUUACUAAGCUUAUUGCCAGUGAUGAAUGGAGGGUCUCAAAUGUGAAUAAGAAUUUUAGUGUUUGUAGUACUUAUGGAAGCACAUUGGUAGUUCCUAAGGCAAUAGAUGAUGAAACCAUUGUGGCAUCUGCCCAUUUUAGAGAUGGGGGGCGUUUCCCAUGUCUCAGCUACAGGCAUGAAAAUGGCACAGUACUUCUCCGUAGCAGUCAACCGAUGUUGAACAAUGCCAACAGAAGGUGUAAGGCCGACGAAAAGAUAUUGAACUCAGUUUUGGGACCCUACAAGAAAGGUUACAUUAUAGAUAUGAGAAGUGCAACCUAUAUCAAUUAUUGCAAGAGUAAAGGUGGGGGUACUGAACCAGGCGGUUAUUACAAUCAAUGGAAGAAAGUUUUCAAACCUUUGGAUAAGAUAUCUAAAUGUGACGGAUCUGUUUUGGAUCAUUUAGCUAAGUUUAUUGAAGCUUGCAAUGAUCCAUCUUCAACAUCGGAUAAAUGGAUAUCUCGAAGCAGUAACUGGAUGGGACACAUUCAAAACACAUUAAAUGCUGCUUGUUUGGUGGCCCAAUGCUUGGAUAAAGAUGGAGCUUCAGUACUUGUCCACGGUACUAAUGGACAAGACAGUACCUUAAUUGUAAGUUCGAUAGCUCAGGUGAUUCUGAAUCCAGAUUGCAGGACAGUUAGAGGUCUUCAAGCCCUAAUAGAGCGUGAGUGGAUUCAAGCAGGUCAUCCUUUUCAAACGAGACACCAGAAGUUUUGUUUUACAAGCUCUAGAUCGAAGGGUAUCCAGCCGACAUUUUUGAUAUUUUUAGACUGUAUCCAUCAAUUGCAUUAUCAAUUUCCAAGUAGUUUCGAAUUCAAGACUGAUAUGUUAUUCUUGCUUUUUGAGCAUUCCUAUUUUAGUCAAUUUGGUACUUUUUUGGGUAAUUCCGAAUUGGAAAGAACCAAUAUAGAAUUAUCAAAGAACACAACAAGUCUUUGGUCAUAUCUAAACCGACCGGAUGUCCUAACUUCACUUCUAAACCCCACUUACGAGCCUAAUAAAGCACCUAUUUGGCCUAGCGUAGCCCCAGUGAGUAUUAUUGUAUGGGCGGAUUUAUACUUUAGGUGGAUAAUCGACCAACAACAUCAAAAAACCGCCUUAACGAAAGUACAAAACAUAAUUCAGCGGAGCAAAGAUCUCAGAAGCACUGCCCUCAAGUUAAGAAAGCAGCUCUUGGAUAAAAUUAAAGAAUUCAAAUGCAUGCAAGAGGAAUUGAAGGAAGAAGAAGAUGACGAUGACUGACACAUAUUUAGCUCUCUCCUUUUAGAUAAACACCAAUUUAUAUCCGAAUAUUUUUCAUAUCACUUAAAUUAGUCAAUUCUUUGAUAUCGUAUGGGUAACAAGAGAUGGAUGCAAUUACAUCAUUGUUCAUAUUUUUUUACUCUAAUUAUUUUUAUUAUUCAAUACAAAGUCCAUAAAUCACAUUUUCAAAGAAAAAUUAUACACUUUGGAUUUUAUUUUAUAAGAAUUCAAUGACUAAAUAUUAUUAUUACGGUAUAUCGUUUUCGGGCUUACAGACUGUGGUAUACAAUUAAUUCUUUAAGGCGUUUCGACAUUAUCAGAGGUAUACGGUAUACGUUAUCAGGGACAAUGUGGCAGCGGUUGAUGCUGUCAUCGCAUUUGCCAAUGUCUUCAUCAUUCUCGGACAAAACGUCAGGAAUAAAUAAAAAAACAAACAAAAAUCCAACAAUUGUUAGCAAACCGCUUUCAGAAAAUCAAUAUGUGUGGCAGGGGAAAUACAAUAAAACACAACUACUACUAGUCAGGCUGUUUUUGAAAAACAACCUGACUAGUACUUCGUCACUACCCAUUCACUAAAUGUAGACAACCUCCAAAUUCAAUUUUACUUUCGGCUUUAACGCUUCGAUCAAAACCGCUGUGUGUGCAAUGACACUUACUUACAAAAUUUAAAAAAGAUUGCUCGUGACAUUUAUUUAUACCAGUAUACACCAGGCCUAUUUAUUAAAUCAAUGUCACGAGUAUUGUAAAGUUCUUAUUUUACAGUUUUUUUAAUUAUGUUAGUAAGUCUGCGUGUGUACAUAUAUUAUUUUCAAAACAUAUUUAUAACAAUGAUGUGUACUUAUACUAUGGUUUGUUAGAACAGUGAGCGACGCAUAACUCACAGUCAGUCAAACGUCGCGCACGUUUGUCAAAAUCAA